AUGAUUAGGUGUCACCAGAAGUUGUCAAGAGUGUGUCCGUUGACGGCCACUACAUCGGGAUUCGUCAGUGCUGCCGUUCGACUCUCUUCAUCCGCAUCGGAUUCACUUCUUUUGAGUUGGAACACCAAUCCGUUAUCGUUCGAAAGUUUGCGAUUCCUUCAUAGAAACAAUGUGAAUGCCACUCGAUCAACUGGAAAUAGAAUAACACGCUAUGGUCGUCAGUCAGCCGCAAGUUCUUCUGCUCAUCAACGAAAAUCGCCCAAUAUCGAGGAUCUAGUCAAACCAGUGAACGUACCAAUUCCAAAGCAUGAUGAUGCUGAUGACGGACUUGGUGGUAUUGUGGAUCCGGUUGAUACGAUAAGUAUUUCAAUGGUACUCAAUGAAUUUAGUCGGAGACCAAUGAUAAGACAACUCUCUGAGGAGAACGGAAUGAAUGCAAAACUUUUUAUGACUGCAUUCAGGAGUUUUCGAACGUACUGUCUAACAGCGAAACCACUUGACCCUGCGAUUGCGGUCACUUUAAGUGAUAUUGUUAAUCAAGGCCAAGAUGUUGACAGUUUAUUUGUGUAUUUCCUGAGUCAUGCACGGAAAGUUUAUCCACAUUUGGAGAGUAUUGAGGANCAAGAUGUUGACAGUUUAUUUGUGUAUUUCCUGAGUCAUGCACGGAAAGUUUAUCCACAUUUGGAGAGUAUUGAGGAUUUGCGAAUGAUUUCUGAUUUGACACAGCCACACAAUUGGUAUCCCGAGGCGAGAACGAUUCAUCGAAAGAUUAUAUUCCAUGCAGGUCCAACGAAUAGUGGUAAAACGUAUGAGGCGUUGAAACGAUUCCGAGAAGCGAGUAGUGGUGUUUAUUGUGGUCCAUUGAAGUUGCUGGCCAGUGAGGUAUUCUUCCGAACCAAUGAGCAAGGUUUAGUUCGAUAUACAUUCUGUAUAGCACCAGUGAAUCCCGAUGAGAAGUUAGCCGCAUCGGCAUUCGUUAAAAUGGCUCGAAGAUUUUCAUCAGGACAAGCGUUGACAUGUGAAUGGUUGUGUUCUAUUAUUGGAUGGCCAAUACCUCCACCGGAAAAGCUGAUCGAUUUAGUUAGACUCGAGCAGAUCUAUGGCAUCGUUGAUGUUUAUCUGUGGUUGAGUCUGAGAUUUCCGGAUAUGUUCCCAGAUGAAGUGGAGGUGCGAAGUUUAGAGAAACAGUUGGAUUCGAUCAUCGAAGACGGUGUCUCACGUAUCAUCGAUCUGUUGGGCGUUGUUGUGCACAAUGCGAAAGAGUCGAGUGAAGCGAAGAAAUUGGCUGAACGACUGAAGACUGAACAGGAGAAAGCCGAAUUUGAGAGCGAGCUCGAGGACGGAAGUGACGAAGGUAUCGCAAAACAAUCGCUGAAACUACCAUCAAAACGAAAAGGUCCUUANGAGGAACUGCGUGCAGAAUUGAGACGUGAGGAAGCGGAUAAACUGAGGAGGAGAAAAUAA